GAUUCAAUCAGGUCCGUGCAAAAAGAAGAUGCGCACCUGGGGUUUGUGCUUUGAUAAGCAACCAACCCACUUGCGGAGCUCCGGCCUGGCAUUGGCUGGCUUGGCUGGCUGGGUAGCUACCAUCUUCUUCAUCGAAUCGAAUUCGACACCCAGUCUUGCUUUCCCGGAUUGUCAGGGGAACCCUACCCACUUUGACGCAGCGGGGAGGGACAUCCUGAUUCCUCAGUCCUCUACCUGGUUGCUGCCAUUGUCAAUUACGUCGCGCAGUAACGGGUACUGUGUGAAGUAUAUGUUCUUCAGGCCUCAGCCUGCACAAUGUGGUAAUGAAAGAAAAAAAAUACUGUUGUAUUGAAACCCACUGUGACAGGAUGAAGAUCUGCCUGCCACUGCAGAUCUAGCACCUCAAAAGGCGAACAGUGCAUCUCCUUUUCCCUCUUCAGGACCGAACCAAAAGGUGGCCUGGAGAACUAGCCUCUAUCGCUCUCACCACGAAUUGCGUUGGGAUCUGGCUUCAAGCCGGCGUUUUCUGCUUCGACAAAGGCAUCUCUGCCCCCGGCGCCAAUUGUCAAGUCGCGAGAGCCUCUGGGGAAUGGCAGGCCAUUGUCCGAAUUCAUAGAACCUUCUCUUUUCCAAUGACCUAGACCUUCCAUCUAUAUAGUUUCCAACAUAAAACAUCUAGACCUACCUAGUCUAAUCCGAAAGCGACCACGGCCACGGACGAGAUUGGUCAACCGGUCAAAACGGCCACUCGAGGCAUCAUGGCUCGCUACGACAACCAGGCCAUCCGUCUUCCUGGCCGCGUCUUCCGCGCCCUCCUACCUUCGUUCAUCGCCGACCUACUUUAUCCCGACCUGAAGCCCGCCUAUAGGCUUCACACGACGUCUUACCUCGAUGGCCUCCGCGGCAUUGCGUCCUUUAUCGUCUUCUUUUGCCACUAUACCGAAGAGAAUCACAAAUACAUGAUACCGUCUUACGGUCUUAACCCUAAGGGUCAGGUUAGCUCGUGGCUGCAGCUUCCAUUCUUACGCAUCGUGUUCUCGGGGCGGCCGAUGGUCCACAUCUUCUUCAUUAUAUCGGGCUUUGUGCUGUCGAACAAGCCCCUGAAACUGUUGCAUGCGAAGGACUUGGAAAAGAGCGCCGCGGCGGUGGCAAGCUCAGCUUUCAGACGACCCUUCAGGCUGUACGGGCCAUGUAUCGUCUCGACCUUCAUAAUCGCCCUUUUGAUACAGAUGGGCUACCUAUACGAACCAAAGGAGACGCUAGCUGAGCAGCUCUGGAACUGGAAGGACGCCGUGUUCCACAGCGUAACAUGGCCGUGGGCUUGGGAUCAUGACCUGAGGCCGGGGUACGAUGUGCAUCUGUGGACCAUACCCAUCGAAAUGGCUCAUUCUAUGUUACUUUUCUUGGUUCUCAUCACGCUCUCCCUCGUCCGGCUGAGACUACGGCAGUUCAUCAAUUUUGCUUUGAUGAUAUACUGCUUAUGCUGCGGCAAGUGGGCCGGCUUCGAAUUCCUCGGUGGCAUGUUUUUGGCUGAGAUCCGGUUGCUUCAGGCUUCCGGUAACGGCGAGUGGUGGGGCGAACUCCAGAAGCGGCAUAGAAUCCUCCCCAUCAUGCGUUCGGCAUUCUGGUGUGGCGUAAUCAUCGUCUUUGUCUUCGUUGGAGGCUGGCCCAAUUUCGACGCAGACAAAACGCCGGGUAUCAGGUAUCUGAAUGCUCAUACGCCGUACCCUUUUGCGACCAUGGACGCCCUCGCGCCGCAAAAAUACUGGUUUGCCAUUGCUGCCAUCUUUGCCUUGUACGCGUGCGGAGAGCUGGUGUGGGUUCGGCGAUUUUUGGACAGUGCCGUGGGCCAGUACUGCGGCCGGCUAAGUUAUGCCAUCUACAUAAUCCAUGGACCCGUCUUGGAGAUGUUUCAAAAAAUGACAAUAGGACAACCCUUCGCACCGCAGAAGGGAAACCCGGGCGAGAAAGGGUUUGUACCUGCCCAGCUAGGCAAGGGCAUCAAAGGCAUGAUCGGGGUCGAGGGGCCCACACAGCGCUUUGCGUGCUGGGCAACUGGGCUGCUGAUCCUGUUCCCCAUUGUUGUCUGGGUAUCUGACAUAUUUUGGCGUCUCGUAGACGCACCAAUUGUCGAACUCGCGCGCAAAGUUGAGAAGCUAUGUGUAGAUGAAGAAAUUCAGCCAAACAACAGGAGAGAACACGGACAGAGGUAUCAAAUGGUGGGAGUAUAGACAUGGCGCUCUUUUGCUAGUUUUCCUUUGUCAAAACAUAUUAGAUAGAUAUUGUAUAUAUGGUGUUUUUUGGGGCGCAUUUACGGGCACCCAGGAGUUAAUACGAGGGUGUUGCGCACCAGAGGUUUUCUGUAUCGUUUAUGUCAUCGAGAGCAGAUGACUCUAGGCAAAUGUACAAAAGAGAGCUAGCAAGUAAGCUCGUUAAUAAUUGUCGUAGCAUUAAAUCGUCAGACAUCUCAGCUCACACUGCCUUUCUCAUCAACCACGACAGGAGGUAACCUCAACUCAUCCCGCCCAGGAACUUCCACAA